CCGGUUCCUGCUGCAUGAUGGCAGCUUCCAGCGAGCAGAGAGCCGCUAUAAACAACAUGCUGCAGUUCAUGAAGCUCAUCGGACAACUCAAAAGGGUUCCUCGGACUGGCUGGGUCUACAGGAACGUGAAGAACCCGGAGAGCGUCUCGGAUCACAUGUACCGGAUGGCCAUGAUGUCUCUGACCAUCAGCGACCCCACGCUGGACAAACACAGGUGUAUGAAGCUGGCUUUGGUCCACGACAUGGCAGAGUGCAUUGUGGGAGAUAUCGCUCCAUCAGACAACGUCAGCAAAGCAGAGAAGCACCGGAGGGAAGAAGAGGCGAUGAAACAUCUGUCAGAUCUUCUCCCAGAUGGACUCAAACAGGAGGUCUAUGGACUCUGGGAGGAAUAUGAGACUCAGAGCAGCGCUGAGGCUCGACUUGUCAAACAGUUGGACCUCCUGGAGAUGAUUCUUCAGGCCCACGAGUACGAGGAGCUGGAGGGAACGCCGGGACGCCUGCAGGAGUUCUUCGACUCCACCGCAGGUCGUUUCCACCAUCCGGACGUCUUGCAGCUGGUCGCUUCUUUAAACGAAGAGAGACGACGUCACAUGACCGACACAAAGACUUCUGGGAAAUCACAGACUGCUGGUUCUGAACAAGAAAACACAACUUCACACAAAUCAUGACGUUACAAACGAGAAACUAUACUGUAGAAGUUUUUUUGAGUUAUUCUAAUGUGCAGAAAAUGAAACUGAUAUUUUUCAUGUUUUUUGUUCUGUUCAGAUGUAAAUUCUCCAGUUUGCAGGGAUGCAAAGUUUAAAAUUAAGCUGGAAAUUAUUUGUAAAUGUAAAAAAGUUUCUGGUAAUGUAAAAACUGACAGAUAAUAUCAAAAUAUAAAAAAGAAGGCAAAAUAUGAUUAAAUAUCUCGAUAAAUAUCCAUCUAAAUUCACAUUUCUUUCCAAAAUCACUCAAAAUUUGCCCAAAAUGAUUUAAAAUUUUGUCCGAAAUGACUCAAAAUGGUCCAAAAUAACUGGAAACACAUCCUAAAUUACAUAAAAUUUGUCAAAAUGACUCAGAAAAUGUCCCAAAUUCAAAUUGUAAAAAUUCUAAAAGUGUUAAAAUGACUCAAUAAAUAUCCAAAUUGACUCAAAAUGUCCAAAUUUUUUCCAAAUUCAUCCAAAAUGAUGUAAGAAUUGUCUAAACUUGGUACAUGUCCUAAAAAAUUCAAAAAUUGUCCAAAUUGAAUUGAAAUAUCUCCUAACCAACUUAAAAAUGAUCAAAAGGACUCAAAAAAUGGUCCAGUAUGACUAAAAAUAUGUCUAGAAUGUCUUAAAACAUUUCCUAAGUGACCAAAAACAUUGUCCAAAACAAUCUGAAUUGUGUUUAAAAGGACUCAAAAAUGGCAAAAAUUACACAAUGUCCAAAAUUCAGAUUUUGUCCAAAAUAAUUUGAAACUUGUCUUAUUCAAAAACUGUUAAUAAAAUAAAUAAAUGUCCGAAUUGACUGAAAAUGUCCAAAACCUUUCUAAAUCUGUCCAAAAUUUCUCAAAAUUUGUCUAAAAUGUUGUAAUAAUUGACUAAAUGACUAAAAAAAAUGCCCACUAUGACUAAAAACACGCUCAAAAUGAUGUAAAAAUUGUCUGAAAUGACUCAAAAUGAUCCAAAAUAACUGAAAACAUGGUCUAAAUGACGUAAAAUUUGUCAAAAUGACUUAAAAAUAUUCCAAAUGACACAAAAUGUCCCAAAUGACUUGAAACUUGUCCAAAAUUACUCUGAACGCGUAUAAAAUUACUAAGAAAAUAUCCAAAAUAACUUGAAAUGAGUCCCAAAUUACUACGAAUUGUAAAAAAGGAAAAAAAUGUCUCAAAAUUUGCCCAAAAUUAUUUUAAAAAUAGUCCAAAAUGAGUAAAAAAAAACUCUCCCAAAUAACUUGAACCAUGUCCUAAAUGACUCAAAACCCAAAUAAAUUCACAUUUCUUUCAUCUGAAACAGUCAAAUUUUUUAUUUACUGUUUACUGUUGUUUUAUUUUAAAAGAUAAUGUUCACUGUAUGUUUCAUAAGUGAUUUUUUCCAAAUAAAGACACAUUUUGUAAUGUUAUUUUAAGCUUAUAUCAUCUGGCAGAUAUAUUUUAGGGCUUUCUAUAAAAAAAUGUAAAGUUAAACAUGUAACAGCAUCAUUCUGCUGCAAAAAUAAAAAUACUGUGGUGCUUUAAAAUUUUAGAAUUUGCUACAUUUCUGCACAAUUAUGACCUGAAACAUCAGAAUUUCACAUAAUUUCUUAAAAUUUAACAAAUAAGACAAAAAUAUUACACUUGUUUAUUAGUAUUUUGAGGAAAAUUAUCCAAUAUUAUCAGAAAUGAAUCCAUCUAGAAUCAUUUUACUCAAUAAAUAAAUGAAUAAAAGUUUAAUAUUUUAAUUUGUUUAACUGCAUUUUUUUUUUUUUUUUAAAUCUACUUUUGUCUUGGGUCACAUUUGUGCAGAAAUAAAGUUAAUUUUUAACUUUCAAGCACCACUUGGAUGCCGUUUCUCCAGCAGUUUUACUGUUCAGUCGACAGAAUGUUGAAAUAUGAUUUUGUUUUCAUUUUUUUCAUGUUUCAAUGAGGUCCUGUUGCACAGAACUUCAUAUUAUUACAUUUAUUAUUGUACAAAUAUAUGAUUUAAAAACAGUC